AUUGUAAAUAUUGUAUAUAUGUUCAUGUUACAAUUACACAAAUUUCUGUUUAAGUAAUACCUGAUGUGUUUGUGUUGUCAUGUUGAUGUGGAACGCUAAGAACGUCACCGUGUACCCCCUACUGCUCCUAAUUAGUGCAACACUUCCUGUGUAUAUAAGUUUUGGUCACGCCUUCCUAUUGCCCUUUUAUUCGCGGUCUCUAUGGUGUGUAUGGCUUAACACAUGUAUUUAGUUUAAAAAUUAAUUUCUCAUUUUUGUCUUGUGUUGUAAUCUGUGUAGGGGCACGUUAUUCGGACACAUUUCGAUCACAACGCACUUUAUUUUAUACUCAGAGAUACACCUUUGUCCGCCUGGCCCCGCCGACCUCCUUUGCUCACAAUGAUGGCGGAUCUUCCGCUCCAUAGUAUUUUACUCUGCCCCAUUCAUUCGGGAGUCCUUUUCAAGUCAACCUCCCCAACAGGAAUUAAAGUCACGGCUGGACAUGUCGGGGCGUUAGAGUCAGUGUCGGAAUCACCUUGUUGGUUAAUGUCAGUAUCAGCAACUAUGACGUCAAACGCCUCCUGUUAUGUGAACGUGCACCGGCAGCCAUUUUGUGCACCGGAUUUGACAAAGCCAAUGAAAUGUUUCUUCUUUGAAAAAUGUUGACAAUGAAAGUAACGUGAUUGACAAAUUCCAAAAUCACAUUGCCGGACAAAGUCCAUCGUCCAUUUCCACUCAUCCAGCGACAUCUACUUUCAGUAUGUCUGAAGCAGUGAAGAUGGAGAUUUGUCCUCCUCCAGCAGGACUAGAAGCAAUGUAUGAAAUACUUUUCACCCCUGACUGCCUGCACUUUCUGUAUGAGCUCAUCUCCACUUUUGAUGAAGCAGUGGAUCAGAUUUUGCGGUUGCGACUAUCAAGGAAGGUUGACUUGGACUUGUCUGGGGAUCUUCCAAACUUCUUAGAGAGCACCAGCGACAUCAGAAGCGACACAAGUUGGAGAGUGUCGCCUGUACCUCCACGGCUCCAGAGGCGACAUGUGGAUAUCGGUGAUCUGGCUCCUUGUGACACCCACCGCUUUCUGAAAGCUCUCCAGUCCCCAGCACAAGGAAUACAGGUUGACUUUGACGAUGGCAACUGUCCGACAUUUUACAACCAGAUCAAAGGAAUUCAUAAUGUCUUGACAGCGGUGCACGGUGGUUUUUCUGAUGUUCCACACAUAUCUCAGGCUCCCGUGCUCAUGAUUCGCCCACGCGCUUGGAAUAUGGUGGAACACAAUAUGAUGGUGAAGGGGAAGGAGGUUCCUGGUCCUCUCUUUGACUUUGGACUUGUGAUGUUCCACUGUGGAAAGACUCUGUUUGAAAGCAAGAGUGGGCCCUUUUUCUACCUGUCCAAAGUGGAGAGCUUUUUGGAGGCCAGAUUAUGGAACAACAUAUUUGUCUGGGCACAAAACAAGCUGCUUCUUCCACAGGGCAGCAUCAAGGCCACCGUUUUAAUAGAAAAUGUACUAGCAGCAUUUGAAAUGGAGGAGAUUCUCUACGAGCUGCGAGAACACUCAGCAGGACUCAACUGUGGAUUAUGGGAUUAUUCGGCCUCCUUUGUCAAUAAAUUUGGCCACAGGCGGGCCUUCCUGCUUCCUGACCGCAGCAAAUAUGUCAACAUGGAGAAGCGUUUUCUACGCAGCUACAUGGACUUGCUGGUUCAGACGUGUCAUCGGCGCGGAGCUUUGGCAACCGGAGGUAUGGCGGCUCUUCUGCUUCCCGAGGACCCCCACAGUGACUCCUACAGGAGAGUGAUGGCUACUGUUAGCAGACUUAAGUUGCUUGAGAUAGAGGCAGGUGUGGAUGGUUUCAUGGUCUACGACCAGAAACUCAUCAAGCCGAUGCAGGAACUCUUUCAGGUCCACACUGAAGGUGAUAACCAGCUUCACAAGCUUGUCACUCACGUCAGGGUGACGUCCAAAGACCUGCUGACCAUGCCUGGGGGAGGAGUCACACUCCAUGGUUUGAAAUAUAACAUUGCUGUAGGCGUCCUCUUUAUUCACGCUUGGCUGUGUGGAAAGGGACAUUUCUACUAUCGAGGCCAGGUUGAAGAUUCUGCCACAGCAGAAAUUUCUCGAUCACAGGUCUGGCAGUGGAUUCGUCACCAGGCUCAACUUGAGGACGAGGAGAAGCUGGUGAACCGCAAGCUGGUCACUGACCUCACCAGAGAAGUCAUGAUGGAGCUCUGUCUAAACUGCUCACUUUGCGUGAAACAGAGGUUCCAAACAGCAGCAGACAUGUUCUUGGAAGUGGUUCUGCGGAGAGAUUUCCCAGAGUUCAUCACAUCUUUCCUGAAUCAGGACCACACCUUUCUCAGCUCCCAGGAGAAUCAGCAAGCCGAAGAUUUCAAGUCAGGGCCGGAGUCUAUCCCUGAUGAUUUUGGCCGACAGGUGGGCUGCACCCUGGACUGGUAGUUAGCAGCAGAGGAACUCGGGGGGGCUCAAGCUUGAGCAGUUUCCUGGCAUCCAGGCACAAAGCCCACUCGCUACCACGUCAACCGUCUGGACCAGCGGGUCCAUCACCUCUGGAGAUGCAGUACAUCUCAUGGGCAUCAGGAGAGUCCGAAGGCUCUACUGUAAUGUGGGCAUCGGCUUCCACCUCCA